AAUACCGCGGAGGGCGUACAUGUACACAUGCCGUUGCUCGCUCAACGGCAGGAGGCGCGGCGGCGCCGCUCCGCAGCCGUUUCGGCUCCGGCGUUGGCCCUGAGGGCGGCCUCUCGUCCGGCGUCUGCGCCGCGCGGCCGCUGCCUCGAGCUCGCAACCCGCUCGGGCUCUCCAGUCGAGGGCCUGCUGCCGUCGGGCGGCGCGAUGGUGGACGGUGAGGCCAGUGCGUCACAGGUGGUGGGCGGAAGCUGGACCGCUCCGAAGGGGCCUUCUCCAGAGGACGACGUGCUGCUGGACAAGUGGAAGGAGGAGGGCAAGCUGCACGUCCUCGAGGGGGUCUGGUGCUGCGUGCCGUACAAGGUCACGGUGGUGGUGCCGGCCGGGCAGGAGAGCGCAGAGGCUCGCACCCGGGCGCAGGAGAUCCUGGACGGCGUGGCCAAGCAGGCGGAGGCCGUCUUCAGCCACUUCGUCGACAGCAGCGAGGUGUCCACGAUCAACAAGCUCGGCGCGGACGAGGUGCAUUCGCCCUCCGCCGCCAUGCGGAAGGUGCUCACGCUCGCGGCGACUCUGAACAGGAUGACCCGGGGCGCCUUCGACCCGGCCGUGCUGCCCCUCGCCCGGCACUUCAAGGAGGGCAAUACCACGGCGGGUGAGGUGGCUGCCUACAGCAGGUGGUCCGCGUUCUCCCUCGCGGACACGGGCCUGAAGAAGUCGCACGCCAGCUCGCAGCUGGACCUCUGCGGCCUGGCCAAGGGCUGGGCCAUCGACGAGAUGGCCCAGCAGCUCAAAGAGGCGGGAUUCACCGCCAGCUACGUGGACUGGGGCGGUGACAUCAAGGUCACCGGGAAACACCCGGCGGGCCGCAACUGGAACGUGGCCGUCGUGGAGCCGCCCAGCGUCGAGGGCAUCGGCACGCCGCCGGGGGAGGUCGCGCGCGCA